ACCAUGGUGGUUCAGGCUGCAGUGGCUCCGAAUAGAUCUCAAAGACUUUUACUGAAAAUCCCCUAUGGAUCUCUGAGGAGACGCAGCGUGGAAAGGAUGACGGAGGGCCGUCGAUGUCAAGUACACCUUCUGGAUGACAGGAAGCUGGAACUCCUGGUACAGCCCAAGCUUUUGGCCAAGGAGCUUCUGGACCUCGUGGCUUCUCAUUUCAACCUGAAGGAGAAGGAAUACUUUGGAAUUGCAUUCACAGAUGAGACGGGACACUUCAACUGGCUUCAGCUAGACCGGAGGGUGCUGGAACAUGAUUUCCCCAAGAAGUCGGGACCCGUGGUGUUGUACUUUUGUGUCAGGUUCUACAUCGAAAGCAUUUCCUACCUGAAGGACAAUGCCACCAUCGAGCUGUUCUUCCUGAACGCCAAGUCCUGCAUCUAUAAGGAGCUUAUUGACGUUGACAGUGAGGUGGUAUUUGAAUUAGCUUCCUACAUUUUACAGGAAGCAAAGGGAGAUUUUUCUAGCAAUGAAGUGGUGAGGAGUGACCUGAAGAAGCUGCCAGCCCUGCCCACCCAAGCCCUGAAGGAGCACCCGUCUCUGGCCUACUGUGAAGACAGAGUCAUUGAGCACUACAAGAAACUGAAUGGACAGACGAGAGGUCAAGCAAUUGUGAACUACAUGAGCAUCGUGGAGUCUCUCCCGACCUAUGGGGUUCAUUAUUAUGCUGUGAAGGACAAGCAAGGGAUACCAUGGUGGCUGGGACUGAGCUACAAAGGAAUCUUCCAGUACGACUACCAUGAUAAAGUGAAGCCCAGGAAGAUAUUCCAGUGGAGGCAGCUGGAAAACCUGUAUUUCAGGGAAAAGAAGUUUUCAGUGGAAGUCCAUGACCCACGCAGGGCUUCGGUGACCAGGAGGACCUUCGGACACAGUGGCAUUGCAGUACACACGUGGUAUGCGUGCCCGGCGUUGAUCAAGUCCAUUUGGGCGAUGGCAAUUAGCCAGCACCAGUUCUAUCUGGACAGAAAGCAGAGUAAGUCCAAGAUCCAUGCGGCACGAAGUCUGAGUGAGAUUGCCAUCGACCUCACAGAAACGGGGACACUGAAGACCUCGAAGCUGGCCCACAUGGGGAGCAAGGGGAAGAUAAUCAGCGGCAGCAGCGGGAGCCUGCUGUCCUCAGGUUCUCAGGAAUCAGAUAGCUCCCAGUCAGCCAAGAAAGACAUGCUGGCUGCCUUGAAAUCCAGGCAGGAAGCUCUGGAGGAGACAUUGCGCCAGCGGCUGGAGGAGCUGAAGCGUCUGUGUCUCCGGGAAGCGUCCCCGCACAAGGGACUCCCCCCUCGGCCGCCGUCCUCACACAACAGGCCUCCGCCUCCGCAGUCCCUGGAGGGACUCAGGCAGAUGCACUAUCACCGCAGCGACUACGACAAGUCCCCCAUAAAGCCCAAGAUGUGGAGCGAGUCGUCCCUGGAUGAGCCCUAUGAGAAGGUCAAGAAGCGUUCCUCCCACAGUCAUUCCGGCAGCCACAAGCGCUUUCCCAGCACCGGGAGCUGCGCGGAGGCCGGCGGCGGCGGCGGUGGCGGCGGGGGAAGCGGCUCCUUGCAGAACAGCCCCAUCCGCGGCCUCCCGCACUGGAACUCGCAGUCCAGCAUGCCCUCCACGCCAGACCUGCGCGUCCGGAGCCCCCACUACGUCCAUUCCACGAGGUCGGUGGACAUCAGCCCCACGCGGCUGCACAGCCUCGCUCUGCACUUUAGACACCGGAGCUCCAGCUUGGAGUCCCAGGGCAAACUCCUGGGUUCGGAGAACGACACGGGGAGCCCCGACUUCUACACCCCGAGGACUCGUAGCAGCAACGGCUCGGACCCCAUGGACGACUGCUCGUCGUGCACCAGCCACUCGAGCUCCGAGCACUACUACCCGGCGCAGAUGAACGCCAACUACUCGACGCUGGCGGAGGACUCGCCGAAUCCAGGAGAGGAACCGCCUAUUGUUCGGAGAAGAAUAGGGACUGCGUUCAAGCUGGAUGAGCAGAAAAUCCUGCCCAAAGGAGAGGAAGCGGAGCUGGAGCGCCUGGAACGAGAGUUCGCCAUUCAGUCCCAGAUCACCGAGGCUGCCCGCCGCCUGGCCAGUGACCCCAACGUCAGCAAGAAACUGAAAAAACAAAGAAAAACCUCCUAUCUGAACGCACUGAAGAAGCUGCAGGAGAUUGAAAAUGCCAUCAAUGAGAACCGAGUCAAGUCCGGGAAGAAACCCACGCAGAGGACCUCGCUGGUCAUAGACGAUGGAAAUAUUGCCAGCGAGGACAGCUCCCUCUCCGAUGCCCUUGUUCUUGAAGAUGAAGAUGCUCAGGUUACCAGCACAAUAUCCCCCUUACAGUCCCCGCACAAGGGACUCCCCCCUCGGCCGCCGUCCUCACACAACAGGCCUCCGCCUCCGCAGUCCCUGGAGGGACUCAGGCAGAUGCACUAUCACCGCAGCGACUACGACAAGUCCCCCAUAAAGCCCAAGAUGUGGAGCGAGUCGUCCCUGGAUGAGCCCUAUGAGAAGGUCAAGAAGCGUUCCUCCCACAGUCAUUCCGGCCUGCGGACUCCGUCGCUGGGCCGCGAGGGCGCGCACGACAAGGGCGCGGGGCGCGCGGCCGUGUCGGACGAGCUGCGCCAGUGGUACCAGCGCUCCACGUCCUCGCACCGCGAGCACUGCCGCCUGUCGCACACCAGCUCCACCUCCUCCGACAGCGGCUCCCAGUACAGCACCUCCUCCCAGAGCACCUUCGUGGCACACAGCCGGGUCACCAGGAUGCCCCAGAUGUGUAAGGCCACGUCAGCUGCCUUACCUCAGAGCCAGAGAAGCUCGACGCCGUCCAGUGAGGUUGGAGCCACCCCCCCGAGCAGCCCCCACCACCUCCUGACCUGGCAGACGGGGAGCUACACUGACAGCUGCUUCCUGGAUUCCUCCCUCUAUCCAGAACUAGCUGACGUCCAGUGGUACGGGCAGGAAAAAGCCAAGCCCGGGACCCUCGUGUGAGCCAGCCCGAUGCCAUUCUCUGUCACCUCACUGCCUCUCAUUUGCCUUACCCAGACGCACUGUCACCUGCACCAGCUUUGGCCCUCAGCACUUUUUUUUUUUUGCUCCUGUCUCCGCAAUCCCUUCAAACCCUCAAAUACCUGACUGAGGAGACAUUCUGGAAGGUUCCGGUCCCACUGUGUGUCCCCCUGGCUCUCUUGCCCACAGAGAGCCAGACAGCAAUCCUCAAUGGCGCCUUGGUGGCUUCCCUCUGCCAGGCACUGUCCGGGAAGCCAGCAUGCUUGAACUCCUGCGGACAAGUAGCCAAGGGAGAGAAGGGAAGCAAGAUCUACAUGCAGACAGCCGCUGCCAUAGGCCCACCAUGCCCUUCAAGGAGAGUGCCCCACCUUGUGGGGAUCCUUAGUCUCCCCCAAAAUCCUCCUAAGUGAGACAGCCUGCGGGGAGUGGCCAUGGGGGGGGAGUGAGAGAGGAAAUCUAGCCCUUCAGAGAUGCAUCGGGAGAUUCACGAUCAGUUCUAUGCUGCCAAAGAUUAAACACAUGCAAAAACAAAAACAAACCAAUACAAGGGGCCAAGAGGAAGACAUUCUUUCUUCAACGAGAUUUUAAACUCUGCACACCCCAAGUGAAAGCCAACUCGUAAAUCGUGUCUUCAGUCCAUCUCCCUUAAACAUCCUCUUCCCCUUCUGAGAGAGAGCCGUGAAAAGUAGUCCCACAGGGUGGUGGCAGCAAGGCUUGGCCCUGCUGACUCAAUGACUCCAUCCAUCUGGACACCAGGAAAUCAGUCCUUGCAGGGAGCUGUGUAUGGCAAGCCCUGGUCUCUGCCCAGGCCCUGCUUUCUUUCAGGAAACUUGAAGGUGACCAUUGUCCAAAAGGGGGUUCUCUCUCAUUAAAACCACUAGUUGAAGUAUCCCCUGUGUUUUCUUCAAGGUUUUUCAUUUGCUUUUCAUUUUUAUGGGAAACCAAGGGAAAAAGCACAUUGCCAUCCAGCCAAGUGUGUUUAUGUGUCGUGGCUCAUUUUUCUGUUCCUUAGCAGAUGCGACUUCUGUGUGUCACUUAAAAGAGCCCAGCCAUGCCCUUAGGUGGGAAGAUUUAUAUGUGUCUACCAGCCGGCAGGCAGAGCAGGGUUGAAAAAAAAAAUCAGCUCCUGAAGGGCCCAGAUACUACAACCGUUAACAGUCGCCUCGAAGCGCCACCUUGGUUUGCAGCAUCCAACCAAGGAAAAACGAGGAAGAGAACACGUGUGGGAGCUGCCGUUUACAUGUGCUUUGAGCUAUGCUCAAUGCACAACCGGAAAGCCAUCAAACUUCAAAGGCCUCAAAAAAAAAACAUUUUUCUAAUAACCAGUGCACAAUCUUAGAUGGGUGACUCAAGAUGGCACAAAAGGUCUCUGUGGAGGAGGUAGACUGUGCAUGAUGGCGCAGGGGGGGUGGGGGGAUUUUCUCAUUUGUAAGGACUUCCUAGUCAAAAGGCAUUUGACAGCCAGGAGCAGGAGCCAGGGUAAGGGGUACUUUUGUGGGAAAGCAGAACUAAAAGUUAGCUACCGUGUCAAAAGGAAAACCUUUGUUUUUCAUGUCUGUGUGAACUAAGAAUAUCAGUAGACUCUACCAGACCAGGAAGGUGCAGAAUGGACUAAGCAGCCAUGAUGCUCCCUCUGCUGUAGCCUGGAAAGUGCUGUCACUCAAGUGGGACAUUCAUACCACCCUGGCCACGGCCACCAACUCCUCUGCCAUUUCUCUGUGGGCCGGGAGGGCAGGCACCCCAGCACUGCAUAUGGCUCGGUUGACACUUCCAGCUUGAGGGACAAAAUGUUAUUCCCAGAAUGCUUGAGGAGUAAACCUGCAGGAUAAAUAGAAACUGGUUAGGAUAUGAAAUGAAUCUGGCACUUGAAUGGGGAGGGGUAGUUAUGGCUCUUAUUUGGGUAAUCAGAGCUUAAAAUAGUUUGUUUUUAGAUUACCUCCACCCACCCCUUCCCUUACUUGGAAAUGUGAUGCACGUUGGGUCAUUUUCCUUUCUCUCAAAAGAAGGUACAGAGGGAAUUCAACACAGCUAUGAGCAACAGGUUAAAAAGUCAAGAGAGAAACUAGAGGUGGUGCGGUUACCUGGUUACAGGUUCUAGGACAUGGGUAGAAGUCAGAAAUAAAGUCUGAAGCCUGUUGGAUCAAGCUUUUAGCCCAGUUCUAAGGAGAGGCAGAAGCUCUUCCAAAAACAUGGGGUACACUUUAGAUUAGGGCGGGGGAAAGCAGAUGAGUGGAGUAGAAGCAGGAAUUACAGACCCAGCAAACAAAAUGACAGUCUGGUAGUGAAGAAGGAGAUUGAGUCAAACAGGUUUUACUGUUUCGCUGUGUUCGGUUAAUAUAAAAUGUACAUAAAGUGACAGCCCUUUCUGGCCUGCCACGAUGGUCGUUGUGGGAAAUGCUGUGGUGAUUGUAUGCGAGCACUUACAAAUUCUUUCUAUAGCCCUAUUUCUUUAAAACAAAAUAAAAUGAAUUAUGAAGCUCCUGGUCUGAUAUAAAAGCCUCUAUUGGAUUCUUUGGAUACAAUAAGAAAUUGCCUGUUCAGCCAGGAGACUGGUGAAAAGACUCAUACAUCAGACUGCUGUGAGCCAGGUGGGGUUCUCAUUUUGUUAUAUGCAGGUGAGUGUUGAAAACUGUUAAAAUUCCAAUUUGUUUUCAUUAAGUAUUAGUUUAGUUCGAAAUAUAGCAAACCUCAUCCAGGUGCUAUCCAACGACCAAUUACUGCUUAGUUAACUAGGUGUAAAGUUUUACAUAUCCAUUAAUGUCAAUAGUUUAUUACAAGUUGUGUAAAAUGGACUCUAGUUUAAUAAUGGGGGUGGGGGGGGAGAUUAGGUUGCUCCUGAAACUGACUGUAGAGCAUGUAAAAUGAUUUUACUGGAUUCUGUUCAACUGUAAUCAAUGAGAAAGAUGUAUGUUGUAGACAAAGUUGCAGAAUUAAAAAGAAAUCUGCUUUUAAUUUAUUCUUUUUGUAUUAAGAAUUUGUAUAGUACCUUUACAUUUUGCAAAACAGUGUUGUCAACACUUAUUAAAGCAUUUUCAAAA